AUGUGGACCGCAACCUCCGGAUUCCGGGGCAAGAAGCUCCAUCUUGCCAUCACCUUCACUUCCGUUAUUGGUUUCUCCCUCUUCGGUUAUGAUCAGGGUUUGAUGUCCGGUAUUAUCUCCGGUGAUCAAUUCGUCAAGGAAUUCCCCCCGCUCGAUCCCUCCAAGGGUGACCCUUCGCAUGUCUCCGUUCUGCAGGGUGCCGUCACUGCUUGUUACGAACUUGGUUGUUUCUUCGGCGCUAUCUUCACUCUCAUGUACGGCCAGAGGAUCGGUCGUACCCCUAUCCUGGUUGCCGGUGGUCUUCUGAUGGUCCUCGGUACUGUUCUCUCUACUGCUGCGUUCGGUGACAAGUGGGGUCUGGGACAAUUCGUUAUUGGACGUGUCAUCUCUGGUCUUGGAAACGGUAUGGAUACCGCGACCAUUCCUGUGUGGCAGUCUGAAUGUUCCAAGGCCCACAACCGUGGUUUCCUCGUUUGCUUCGAGGGUGCCAUUAUCGCCGUCGGAACCUUCAUCGCUUACUGGAUUGACUUCGGUCUCUCUUACGUCGACUCCUCCGUUCAAUGGCGAUUCCCCGUUGCCUUCCAGAUUCUCUUCGCCAUCCUUGUCACCAUCGGUGGUCUCAUGCUCCCCGAGUCACCUCGUUGGUUCGUCAUGCAGGGCCACGACGAACAGGCUCUGGAGGUGUUGGCUGCUCUCAAUGACAGCACUGUCGAUUCCGAGGACGUUCUCACUGAUUUCAACCUGAUGAAGGCUGAUCUCAAGUCGAUGGAAGGUGUUCAGGCUAGCAGCUGGAAGGUCCUCUUCACUGGUGGUAAGACUCAGAACUUCCAGCGUAUGAUGAUUGGUUGCUCUGGUCAAUUCUUCCAGCAGUUCACUGGUUGCAAUGCUGCUAUCUACUACUCCACCCUCCUCUUCAAGAACAACUUGCACAUGACUGGCAAGCUCCCUCUCGUCCUGGGUGGUGUCUUCGCUACUGUCUACGCUCUGGCUACUAUUCCCUCCUUCUUCAUGAUUGAAAAGGUCGGUCGUCGUAACCUGUUCCUCAUCGGUUUCCUCGGUCAAGGUCUCAGUUUCAUCAUCACCAUGGGCUGCCUGAUCGACUCGACUGUCCAGAAUUCCAAGGGUGCCGUCGUCGGUAUCUUCUUGUUCAUCUGCUUCUUCGCCUUUACGACGCUGCCUCUCCCCUGGAUCUACCCCCCGGAAAUCAACCCCCUCCGCACCCGUACCAAGGCUGCCUCCGCCUCCACCUGCAUGAACUGGAUCACCAACUUCGCCGUCGUCAUGUUCACUCCCGUGUUCUCCGAGCGCUCCGACUGGGGUAUCUACCUGUUCUUCGCCCUUGUCAACUUCGUCGCCAUUCCCUUCGCCUGGUUCUUCUACGCUGAAACUGCCGGCCGUGACCUGGAGGAAGUUGAUAUUAUCUUCGCCAAGGCCCACGUUGAGAAGAAGUGGCCCUACCGUGUUGCACAGGAGCUUCCCAAGCUCACCGUGCAGCAGAUCACUGAGAUGCAGGCCGAGCUCGGUCUCGACACCUCUGAUGACGUCCGCCGUGCCUCUGAGGCUGAGAAGGCCGAGACUGGCAUGAGCAGUGGUGACAGCGAUACCAACGCCAACACCACCAAGCACAAUGAGUAA